AGGUGGAGGGGGAGCAACAAGUCCGGCGGGUAGGGAGGGAGAAGAACGGGGGUUCCCUCCCGCCCCGCGGCUCUUUGACAAGUGGCGGAGCGCUCGCACAGCGCGCGGCUCCGGGCGGGCAGCAGCCGCGGGGCUCGACCCGCGCCGCUUUACGCCGCCGAAGUGCGGGGACGGCCGCGGGCUCCGCCUCCGUUUGUUUAUUUAGUCCUCGUCACCCGCUUUUUGGUCGCUCGUUUCGGUCGAGUUCCUUGCUGUUAUUUUUGUUUGUAAAUUAGUCGCCUCCAUGGGGGGCGGAGGAAAGGAAAUAAAAGCUGCCGCAGCCGAAGGGUGCAAAAGCAUGCUGGGCAAGAGCCGCGGAGCCGCAGGACGGGAUGGCUGCAGCGGGGAGCGCUGCCCGCGCCGGGCCGGGCCGUGCUGCUCAGCGCUGCCCGUUCUGCUCUCCGCGCUGGCGGCCGCCUCCUGCGUGUACCUGGGCUUACGGACCAGCGAUCUUCAGGCCCGGCUGGCGGCCAUCGAGGGCGCCCGGGGGGGCUCCGCCGCCGCCGCUCCGCUCCCGCCGCUGCCCGGCUUUUCUCUGGAACGGCUCAACGCGAUGAUGCAGGAGAAAGUGGAGCGGCUGCUCGCCCAGAAAUCCUACGAGCACUUGGCAAAAAUCCGAGCGGCGAGAGAAGCGCCCGCAGAGUGCAACUGCCCGCCAGGUCCUCCAGGGAAAAGAGGUAAGCGGGGCAGAAGAGGAGAGACUGGACCUCCUGGUCUACCAGGGCGAAAUGGCUAUCCGGGUCCGAUUGGUAUGGAUGGAAAGCUGGGUCAGCCUGGUCCUCAAGGCCCUCCUGGUCCAAAAGGCGAGAAGGGAGAUCAAGGUGAUCAGGGCCCUCGGAUGGUGUUUCCUAAAAUCAAUCAUGGGUUUCUCUCUGCUGAUCAGCAGCUCAUUAAACGCCGCCUCAUUAAGGGGGACCAAGGACAAGCUGGACCCCCUGGGCCUCCAGGGCCACCAGGACCCAGAGGUCCCCCAGGAGAUACUGGCAAAGAUGGUCCUCGAGGGAUGCCUGGCGUUCCGGGUGAGCCAGGAAAGCCAGGUGAACAAGGGUUGGCAGGACCUCAAGGGCCUCCAGGACAAAAGGGUUCUGUUGGAGUGCCUGGUGUUCCUGGGAAAGAUGGGCAAAUGGGAGAACCUGGUUUGCCUGGUGUAGCGGGGGAGAAGGGAGCAGCAGGGCUUAAGGGUGACCCUGGAGAGAGAGGAGAAAAGGGUGAUGCUGGAGAAAAUGGACCAAAGGGUGACACAGGAGAAAAGGGUGACCCUGGUUCGUCUGCUGCAGGAAUUAAGGGUGAACCUGGUGAAUCUGGACGGCCUGGACAAAAGGGUGAACCAGGUCUUCCUGGGCUUCCUGGACUCCCUGGGAUAAAGGGUGAACCAGGUUUCAUUGGUCCACAGGGAGAACCCGGGCUGCCAGGGUUACCAGGAACAAAGGGUGACAGAGGAGAGGCAGGCCCUCCUGGGAAGGGUGAGCGAGGUGAAACUGGACUUCCGGGACCAAAGGGGAGAACAGGUGAACCUGGAUCUAGAGGCCCCAAAGGGUCAAAGGGUGAUACAGGUGACAGAGGUGACACAGGAUCUACAGGUCCACGGGGGCCACCUGGACAGAAGGGUGAUCAAGGUGCUACAGAGAUAAUUGACUACAAUGGCAAUAUUCAUGAAGCUCUUCAGAGGAUUGCCACCCUCACUGUCACGGGACCACCAGGACCGCCGGGACCCCAAGGGCUGCAAGGUCCAAAGGGUGAACCAGGAUCCCCAGGAAUUCCCGGAGUCGAUGGGGAACAGGGUCCUAAAGGAUCAAAAGGAGAUAUGGGUGAACCUGGAAUGCAUGGAGAAAAGGGAGGAAUUGGACUACCUGGCUUGCCAGGAGCCAAUGGUGUGAAAGGUGAAAAAGGAGAUGCUGGUUUGCCUGGUGCCCAAGGCCCUUCGAUCAUAGGACCUCCUGGACCUCCAGGGCCACAUGGUCCUCCAGGCCCUAUGGGACCUCAUGGCCUGCCUGGCCCAAAGGGUGAACCAGGGUUAAAUGGUCUUAAAGGAUUGAAGGGUGAACAAGGUCAAAAGGGUGACAGAGGGCCCCUUGGUCUUCCAGGAGCAUCUGGCUUAGACGGCAAGCCAGGACCCCGGGGUGUAGAUGGCCCAGUUGGUCCCCAUGGCCCUGCAGGCCCUAAAGGAGACAGAGGUGAAAAAGGAACUGUAGGUGACCCUGGACCCAGAGGACCCUAUGGCUUGCCUGGCAAAGAUGGCGAGCCUGGCCUUGAUGGUUUCCCUGGUCCUCGAGGAGAAAAGGGUGAAAUAGGAGAAAAGGGAGAAAAGAACACAGUGGGGGAAAAGGGAAAGAAAGGCAAAAAGGGGCCUAAAGGGGAGAAAGGAGAACAGGGUGCUCCUGGAUUAGAUGCACCUUGCCCAUUGGGAUUCCGUGGAAUUAAGGGGGAAAAAGGUGAGCCAGGCCAGCCUGGCCUGGAUGGGCUGGAUGCCCCUUGCCAAUUGGGACCUGACGGAUUACCAAUGCCUGGCUGUUGGCAAAAGUGAUGAGUCUAACCUUACGAGCAUGAAGUUGUGUAUAUAGUGCUCCACUUUUUGUAUUUAUAGUUGAAAAUGGAAAAUUUGAUUUUACAAGUCUGAGAGAUGUUUACAUGUAGCUGCUUCUACUUGUUUGCAAUAGUCCAUGUGUACAUCUUUUUUCACUUACAUCUGCAGUUAAAUGAUACAUAACUGCAGGACAAACCUGCAAGAUUCUCUCUCUAGAGAUAUCUAUACAGUGAUCAAUAACAUAAAUCUGAUUACUUCUGUAAAUUCUUACAUUUUGGCUUGCGGACCUGCAUGGACAAUGAGUGCCAUGAAGUAGUUUACAAGAAAUUGUGACCAAAUAAGAGCUAAAUGCUAUGAAAUGUACUGUACCAGCUGCCAUUGGAGUUUACUGACUUGGCUUCCAUGUCCAUCUUAAAUGCUUCACUGAUUCAUGCCACUACAUCUGCUUCUACAGACUAAAAGCAUGAGUUUGUGUGCCAAACCUGCUUGUUGUGUGAUCACGUCACUUGCUAAAUGGCUGCUCACGUUGACCUUUGAUUCCAGCUUCUGAAUUGUUUACUUUUGUCAUCCCAAGGGAGUCACACCAUGGCUUAUUGCUAAAAAGAGAUAAAGCAGAGGAGGAUAGAAAGAGGCCUUGAAUUUUUGGGGAACACAGUUCCGGCUGCAGGUGGAUGGCCUCCAGCCUAGUGGGUCCUGCCUGUCAAUCAACAUCGGUUUGCCUUGCACUGCUCACAGUCAUGAAGACAUUCGCGAUAGGCCCUGUCGAGUGCUUAAUCAAGGACGAGGGAAGUGUGGAGAAGAAACCAGGCUUCUCUGUGGGCUGUUUGGAAAGGUUACAGAGAUGCUGCAGGGAUCGCCUGAGACCAGAAGCUUCUCAGCCUUACUCAAGGAUUGGCACAGCCUGUGCUGUGUUUGUUGUAUCUGGGGACUGCUGAAGGAAGAAGCAUCCUUGAGACAGGGACAAAUUGGAAUAUCCUCCCUGGGAGGAUAAUAGAACUGACCAGAUCUGUGCGUACCAUGGUGUGGUUUUCAAGUGAUGCGAUUUAAAUGACAUAAAACUAGCUGAACUUCUCUGCAGAAUUUUGGAAGCUACGGUUAGUUUUCCUGUAACGGUUGCCAUGAAGGAUACAUUUCAAUAAUCUAUUCAACAUUUGUGGUGUUGGCAUUGAAGUCUUCAAGUCACACAUUCAUCUUGUUUCAGUAUUAACUAUAUUUUUUUUUUCCUCUACAAUCUUUAAAGCCUUUAAAUGUAAGAAAGAAAAGAGUUUAUUUUUGUUUCACAGGCUGAUUUACUCACCUUGUUGUUUUUCUGCUGUUGUGAUGACCUUAGUGGACAUUGUCACCCAUAAAACAUUGGAGGGAAAUAAGUCUGUGAUGACUGCUGCACAUGUCAUCACACCGCACUGCUCCAGCUGUGGUUAUUUCUCCCCUUCUGUUCAGGUGAUGAGGUUUCUAGAGGUACAUUGGAGUUUUCCUUCUAUGUUUUUUUUUUCUUUUUUAUUACUAGAAAUACUUAAUUCAUGCACAUUUGUAUAGUUUAUGCCUCAAGGUUUUUCUUUUCCAGUUUUGAGUCUUCAUAUGGUGCACUGUAGUUGGAGAGACUAGUCUGAGAGAUGGUGCCAUAUUUGACAGAUGGGAAUUCUUUUUUAUAUCACUUCAGUUUCUAGUAGAUAGUAGGAUGAUCACAAACUUUUUUAGUUACUUUUCUGAGCGUUGUCUUUCAUAUGUAGACCAAAACUAAAAUCGAGGAAGACAGGCUGUCUCCAUCCACAUGAUGGAUCCAUCCUCCAUCUUGCCCUCUUGAAAUACGCUUUUUUUUUCUUGCUUAGUCCUUUCAAAGUUGUGAAGAUGGGGACCUGCUGUAGUUGCACUUUUCGAAUGGCUUUUCAAUGUCAGAUCGAUAUGUAGCCGUUCUGAUGCUGUCUUUCACUCUGCUAAAAUUUUAUUGCCAUUUUGGUGUAUCAGAGACAGGAACAGAUUUUCUUGGGGGUAGGUCUUUCACAGAUUUUUUUUUUUUUUUUCUCUAAAGAUUAUUCUAGUGGCCUCUAUCUAAUAGUACCUUACUAACAAUAACAAAAGUCCAACAUUAUUUGUGUGUAUAUAUUUACAUAAUAUAAUAUAUAUAUAUAUAUUUACAGCUCAAUCCCAUCUUUCCAACAGUAAGAUAUAAACAAAUGUUCACAUAUAUGAGGAAAAAUACUUAUAUUUGCUUAAAUUUUCAGAAAAGCAAGUAUGAAUCUAUUUGAAUAAUUACACUUACAAUAGUAAAUGCCUUCACAUGUCAUAAAGUCUUGUUAACAGAGUGCUACAGCACUAAUGUGAGCAAGGGACUUCCCACAAAGGGGACAAAAGGAGCGUCAUGUAUAAAUCAUGAUUGAUUGAGUCGCCAGAUUGCUUCUGCUUGCUUAAGAAGCACCGUCUCAAAAAAGCAGUGUUUAGGAGCAAGCUGCUCUCCUGACAAGAAGCAGCUCCUUAUGCCUAUGCCCUUGGCAUGGCUGGGGCUACCUAUAUUACAGAUGUGAAGACAAGCAGUUGUAUGUUUUUUUUUAUAAAAUAUCAAAUACUGGCAAUCAUACAUUAAGAUCAUAUUUAUUUAUAUCUGAAAGGUCCCUCUGAGUAUUCAAGUGGAAAAUAAAGUGGGAUGCUUAUUAUUUGGGUAGAUGUCAUUUGGCGACGCCAUAGUGAGAGUGUCUACAAAUACAACGUACUUAUUUCAAGAAAUAGGAACAGAAAGAGCUAUGCAUUUGCAUGCUGUCAUUAGCACUUUGAUAUUUUUUUAAAUCUGUAUAUCUCUAUUUUUAAAUGUCCUGAUAGUAUCCAUUUCUAUAUGCCUCAAUAAAGCCAGCGGAACUUUGGUUCACAGUUUCUUCAUUCAGGAAAGAAGUUUUAUAGACUCCACUGUUAAAUAUUAGUCGAAACACAUUUCCCCUCAAACUCCUUGACAGUGAGAGCCCACUGAUGAAACACUUAAGCACCUUUACUCACUUUCUUUUCCGUCUUGCAAAAUGAUUUCUUUCUUUAGCUCCUGCCACAUAGGAAAAAGGAAUAAUGUUGUUGUUUUUCUGGUUGUUAUUUUGUUUUUGCUUUUGUUUUCAAAUAAUCUAAUUUUUAAAGCCUACUGUUCAUUUUCAUGAAAAUUUCAUUCCAUAUAAAAGACCACAGUGGAUAGCAGAUAAUUUCACAGGUUAAACUACACAGAUUUGAUGCUAAGAUUUGCAUGAAAUAUUUGCAUCUUGAAAGAUUUACUGGGAAUGAAACCUGACAGUAUCUAGAAAAGUUGUGUUCAGUGGGAGCUGAGUUUAAUAUUUCAUCAAGAGAAGCACCCUGUGAAGACUUGCAACAUGUUUAUUUUCUAAAAAGCAAUUGCUUUUGGUGCUACUAUAUUUUUUUUUUUCCAGGGCAAAGCUGCAGCUUGAACCCCCUUGUGUGUUGUAUCUUUUAGUAGCAUUCCUCCAAGUAGAUAAUUGUUUGCUUUGCUUAGUUUGGGACAAGAGCGUAUUUUCAGUUGUAGAAAUGUGUAGUGGUGUUAGUCUACACCAUUUCUACACCGCUGACCUUUUUAGGUAUGAUUAGUUCUUUGAGAGUUUUCAGUAUUUGUUUCAUAUGAAGUUUUGUAAGCAUCUGUUACUCAAGUGUAGCAUAACCACAUUGUGCAGAAGUCCUGCUUCAGAAGCAGUAAGUCUUUUAAGCACUGUAUGAAGUAUGUCUGACAUUGGUCCUUGUCUUCAUAUUUAGAGGUUAGUAUGGGGAACCUUUUUCAGGAUGUUUUGGAUACUUAUUUUUCUUCCUGUGAGAUAAAGCAUGGCAUUUUAACUCAUGGAACAAAUAUACAAUGUAUUUUUGAUCUUUAUUUAUUGCUGAUUUUGAUGUCACAUUCUGGUAUUGUAUCGAGGCAAAAUGAUGCUCCUCAUACAGCUGUUCAGAUACUUUUUUUGUCUACCAUUUAAGUAUUAUGAACAAGUUGCAGAAUAAUCAAAUCAGUAUACCUGCAUAUGUGUAAAGUAUUCUAUUUAAAAAGGGGUUAGUCGUGUACAGUGUGGUAAGAUAACUUUGGAUCCAUUAAGAGUUAGCUCUAGAUGCAUGUAUGUGGGCAUUUGUUACUCAGUCAUGCCAAUGGAAAAGAUGAUGUAAUGCCAGUGGAAACAAGUGGUCUUUGUGGGAAGGUUGUGUAAGGCUGUGGGCUGUGUCAGGACCCUGGACACAGACAGCAUUUAGGGUUGCACUGGCUGUUGCACAGAUGGAAUUUUACACCUGGGCUCAGCCAUGUAAGGUUUUUCAUUUGGCUGUGCCUCACUUUCCCUAGCACCAGAGCAAGGAGAGUGACACAUCCUUCCCUUGCAGAGACCAUAUUGUGUAGUAACAAGGGGAAUAUUAGCAACUUCAGGUGGUUUUUAAACACUGCUGGCUGCCUAAAUCGCGCAAAAUACUUUGCUCACUACUGUCAGUAAAAGCUGCGGAUCCACUCUCAAAUGUGAUCAAGAUGUUGAAAGACACAGCAGUUGACUUUCAAGUUUCCUGUUCUCUGCUACUUAACCACCUUAAAUUUCAUUUGCAAAUCUGUGUUUUACCUAAAGAGAGACCUGAAUUUUCACACUGUUGAGUGAUACAAAUCACUAAUAUCUAUAACAACAGUGGUCUGAUUUUUAGUCGUAGCAAAAUAAUAUUCCAUUUCAGUGACCAGAAUCAUGACUAACACCUGACUUACUCUUUUUUUCCCUUUCUGCAACUUACUUUUAUGAAUCUGAAUGUUGCUGUAAUGUAUAAAUGAAGGUUUUCUUGCAUCCUCUGUAACUGAAGUAUUUUACAUGGUGGUUGGAGUCAUUAAAUGAUGUUGGAAACAAGUGCCUGCCACCAUCACUUCUAAUAGAAUUUGAGAAAGAUACUCCAUGAAACCAGUGGAGUUUGCAUUGGAGGAAAAAAA